AUGGGGAUCCGGGAGUUCCCCAACCGUUCCGCGCGGGGCAAAGCCGCCACGCUCGGUAUGCGGCGCUCCCCCGAUGUCAGCCCCCGGCGGCUGUCCGACAUCAGCCCGCAGCUGCGGCAGCUCAAGUACCUGGUGGUGGACGAGGCCAUUAAAGAGGACUUGAAGUGGUCCCGCUCCGUGGAAGACCUCACCAGCGCGUCCGUGGGGCUCACCUCCAUCGAGGAGCGCAUCCUCCGCAUCACCGGCUACUACGGCUACCAGCCCUGGGCCGCCAGCUACAAACGGGAUGAGCGCUCCCGGGAGUCUCCAGCCCCAGCUGAAGCACAGAUGCAAGCUGGAGCAGAAGGCAGUGGAAGGGUGAACCGCUGCUGCUGGAAAUGUUCCGUGACGCAACUCAAGAAGAUUUUCUGGGGUGUGGCCGUGGUCCUGGGUGUCUGCUCCUCCUGGUCGGGUUCAACCCAGCUAGCAAAACUGACCUUUAAGAAAUUUGAUGCACCCUUCACUCUAACGUGGUUUGCAACAAACUGGAACUUUUUAUUCUUUCCUUUGUAUUAUCUUGGACAUGUUUUUAAGUCAGCUGAAAAGCAGUCUCCAAAGCAAAGAUACAGGGAGUGCUGCCGAUUUUUUGGAGACAAUGGCUUGACUUUGAAGGUGUUUUUUACCAAGGCAGCACCCUUUGGUGUUCUUUGGACACUCACAAACUACCUUUACUUACAUGCAAUAAAGAAAAUAAACACUACGGAUGUCUCCGUGUUGUUCUGCUGCAACAAAGCUUUUGUGUUCUUGCUUUCAUGGAUCGUUCUGAGGGACAGGUUCAUGGGAGUGAGGAUCGUGGCUGCUAUAUUUGCUAUUGCAGGGAUAGUUAUGAUGACAUAUGCCGAUGGGUUUCACAGCCACUCUGUUAUUGGGAUAGCCCUGGUGGUGGGCUCUGCCUCAAUGUCUGCUCUCUACAAGGUUUUAUUCAAACUUCUUUUGGGCAGUGCUAAAUUUGGAGAAGCUGCCUUAUUCCUGUCUGUGUUAGCUGUCUUCAACAUCCUCUUUGUUACCUGUAUUCCUGUCAUCCUUUAUUUUACCAAAGUGGAGUACUGGAGCUCUUUUGACAUCAUUCCUUGGGGGAACCUCUGCGGAUUUUCAAUUCUCUUAUUGACAUUCAAUAUUCUACUAAAUUUUGGGAUUGCUAUUACCUACCCCACCUUGAUUUCUCUUGGAAUUGUACUGAGUGUCCCAGUGAAUGCAGUUGUUGAUCACUACACGAGUGAAAUUGUCUUCAAUAGUGUCCGAGUAAUCGCCAUCAUCAUUAUUGGUCUGGGCUUUCUCCUGUUGCUCUUGCCAGAGGAAUGGGAUGUCUGGGUAAUAAAGCUCCUCACACGUCUCAAAGUCCGGAAGAAGGAAGAAAUUCCCGAAGGGAAUGGAGACAUUGCUUCAGGACUGCCUAAUAAAAGUCGGAGAACUCGCCCUUCCAUGUCGUCCUUUGCUCAUUAA